CUGAUGUAGUGACACAUAGCACGCUGUUCUUGUUACUUGAGUGUCAGUCUCUGGCUCAUCUGCAUCAUGGCUGCACCUUUCACUCUGCUGGUUUUGUGCUGGGCAUUCAGACUGAGCUACAGUGUGAGUCCACCUGAAUGGUUUCACAACAUUUCUACCAGUCUCUUUAGUUUGCCUGGGGACAUUAUGCUUGGAGGGCUGUUUCCCAUCAACUACCUCACCAGCAACCUCAGCCAGAGGACAGAGCCUAACAACAUCAGCUGUAAAAGAUUAAAUGAGUUUGGACUGGGCCUUGCUCUAGUGAUGAAAUAUGCAGUGGAUGAAAUCAAUGCAAACACAGUUUUGCUCCCUGGCGUUAAUUUGGGUUAUGAAAUCUAUGACACAUGCAAACAACCUGCCGUCAUCGUGAAGCCCACCAUCUCGUUCCUCACUGCAAAAUCUACCAAAGCGCUAUCUGUGGAGUGUAAUUACACCAACUAUGAGACCAGCAUAUCAGCAGUGAUUGGUCCUCUAACCUCAGAAAUGGCGUUGGUCAUAGGAAAACUCCUGGGAUUCUUUCUGAUGCCACAGGUUAGUUUUGGUGCCACCAGUGACAAAUUCAGUGAUAAGCUUCUCUAUCCGUCAUUCUUCCGUACGGUGCCUAGUGACAAAUGGCAAGUGGAAGUCAUGGCGCUUCUGCUGAAGGAGUUCAACUGGAACUGGGUGGCAGUGGUUGGCAGUGACGAGGAGUAUGGACAACAAGGUGUGCAGGAAUUCUCCAAAAUGGCAGAAAAUAAGUCUAUUUGUGUAGCCUAUCAAGGGUUGAUUCCAGUCUACACUAACGUUGAAUCAGCAAUCCAUAACAUCAUCGACAAUAUCCAAGCAACAAAAGUUGGAGUGGUGGUAGUCUUUUCUCUUACAGAGCCAGCUUUGGCACUUAUUAAAGAGGUCAUCAGGAGAAAUGUAACAGCUGUGUGGAUUGCCAGCUCAAGUUGGGUCAUUAGUGAUCAAGUGGCUUCCCUCCCCAAUGUCCAAUCAAUCGGAACAAUAAUUGGAUUCUUAAACAAGGUACAGAAUGUGGAUCUUCUCACUGACUACACACAGGCGCUCUUUACCAAAAUAAGUGAGGAGAGGGCGAAUAAGACCCUCUCCACACCAAAGGUCAAAGGCAAUCCUGACAAUCCCUGCCCACAGUGUUGGAACUUGUCAACUGCUAACAUUACCUUGGUAACAGGCGACGCAGUGAAGCGCUCAGCUUUCAGUGUGUAUGCUGCCAUCUACAGUGUGGCACAGGCACUGCACAACCUACUGGGAUGCAAUUCAACUGCCUGCAUCCAGGGACCUGAAACCAAAAUCUAUCCCUGGAAGCUGUUGCAAGUUUUAAAGAAUACUUCUAUAAACAUAAAUGGCACUCAAUUAAAGUUUGACUCAAACGGCAACCCAAAUAUUGGCUAUAAUGUGAUUGAGUGGGACUGGACUGAUUCUGGUUUAAAGUUAGUACAUGUUGGAAGUUUUUAUCAACAACUGUCGAUCAACAAAACCCUCUUCAAAUGGCACACUGCAAACUCAGCGGUACCUGAGUCCACCUGUUCAGCAGCAUGUGAGCCAGGCCGGGUUCGCAGAGUCAAAGGCUUCCAUUCCUGCUGUUUUGAUUGUAUCGACUGUUUGGCAGGCACUUACCAGGCAAAUGAGGAGGACAUCCAGUGCAAAGAGUGCCCUGAAGGUCAAUGGUCUGAGGACCGCAGCGUUAAUUGCACCAAACCCACCUUUUAUUUUUUGUCCUGGGACACGCCUGUGGCUCUGGCAAUGAUGAUGGCAGGGAUGUUGCUCCUGGUAUGUCAGGUGUCAGUGGGUGUUGUGUUCCUGAAACACAGAGAGACCCAAUUGGUAGCUGCCUCUGGGGGAGCCCUGAGUUUUGUGGUUCUGAUUAGCCUGAUGGGAGCUUGCCUCAGUCUGCUGCUCUUCCUGGGGCAGCCAGGGGACGUGGUGUGUUAUCUUCAGCUGCCCCUCACCUCCAUUUUCCAAACAGUACCCAUCUCCAUUAUCAUGUCCAUCUCACUACAGAUACUCUACGUGACAGAGGUCCCAAAGACGACCGCCUCUCACCUCCAUAUACUAAGAGGCCCUGGAAGCUGGCUGUUUGUGCUGGUCUGCUGUGCUGUACAGGCUGGUCUCUGUGUCUGGUUUGUUCAGGAAGGACCCUCACUGUCUGAAUAUGUGUUAAACAUGAAAAUAGACUUUGUGAGAGAAUUUCUGGCAUGUCCAGUGGAACCCUUGAUUGGAUUUGCCAUGAUACAAGGCUUCAACGGUGUAAUGGCCCUUAUAUCAUUCAUGUGUACCUUCAUGGCAGCACAGCCUCCUCAUCAGUAUAACCUUGCCAGGGACAUCACCUUUGCCUCCUUGAUCUACUGUGUGAUUUGGGUGACCUUUAUUCCCAUUUACAUAGGCUUGAAUAACAAGGAAAGGUCUAUUGCCCAUGUUUUUUUCACCCUGGCAAGCAACUUGGGACUGGUGGCUGUCUACUACUUCCCAAAAUGCUACCUGCUGUUGAGAAAACCUGAGCUCAAUACAGCAGAGCACUUCUGUACCUUCCUAGAGGGCGUCCCACUAACGCAAGCUCAGGAGGAACCUCAGCCACAGACAGAGACAGGGAAGUAGUAAAUAGAAUCUCAAAGAAAAUAUCUGUAACAAUCCUAUUUUGUAAAAUGUACAUUUGCAUGCUUAAUAAAGAGUGUUUGUGGAUUUCA